AUGGAAGUCAAGUCGUCAUACGCCGUUAUCGCUGAGCAACUUGGAACUCGCAGCAGUGCAAAAUCCAACGUUACAGUAGUAUGUUGCUACCUCUCCGGCAUCUCUUACUUGCGUAUCUCGAUGUUCGCCUCAUCCCUAGUCGUGCGACCUGGACUGUGGCCAGAAUCUGCCACCCAGUUCAGCAAGCCGUUGAGCCUCAGUUCCACCAACCAGUGUGGAUACCAUAUGUCAAGCUCCUUCUAG